CGAAUGGCUCGGGAUGGUCUCGCGCUAACUCAUUCUUUGCAAGAAAAUAUAAAUGGACAUGAUGGUUGUAAAAAUAUUUACAAAUACACAAGAUAUUCGGCCGAGAUUUGCAUGCUCUUGCCGUGGUGAUGAGCGAAGGUGAUAGCCAUGCUUUUGAAGCGAUAAAAGAUGUCGAAACAGGCACGACCAAACUUGCCUGGAAUGGAAAAGAUGGGACAGAAAAAGUCAUUUGAUCAAAACAUCGACCAAGAUUGGCAGCAUUUUACAGCUGGGGCCGGCGCGAGUGCCAUCAAUAUUCUGGCUACAUAUCCCAUAUUUAAAGUAACUUUUCGCCAGCAAAUUGAUGGAUCGAGGUUACGCGUGGCUAUGGCUCAGAUUAGGAACGAAGGUUUUCGUUACCUGUACAGAGGCGUGCUCCCACCAUUGUUACAAAAGGGUCUGUCGGUGUCUAUCAUGUUUGGACUUUAUCACAGGUUUAAAAGAGAUCUCAAUCACACGUUUCCAAAAGUACCCACGCCGAUUAACAACAGCGCUGCAGCAAUUUUUGCAGGAUCUGUCGAGGCGAUCCUGACGCCGUUUGAACGAGUUCAGACUUUGCUCUCGCACAGGAAACACCACGAUCGUUUCCUGAACACGUUUCACACUUUCCGAGAAUUACGAGUGUAUGGCUUCCAAGAGUACUAUCGCGGUCUCACGGCAAUCCUUCUACGAAACGGUCCAUCGAAUGCGAUCUUCUUUGGAUUCCGUGGCUCUCUAAAAGAUAUCUUGCCCGAUGCCCAAACCAGCCUGGACAAUACCAUACAGGAUUUUAUAUGUGGUGCGUUACUAGGGGCAACCAAUAGCACCAUCUUCUACCCAUUGUCUGUUGUAAAAACCAACAUGCAAAAACAUGUUGGUGGGGAGUUUUGGAGCGUCAAAAGGACAUUUCAAAGUAUUUUUGAGAAUCGGUCUCGCAGUUUAAGAAAAGUCUAUAGAGGAGCUGUCAUUAAUUGCUCAAGGGCUAUAGUGUCAUGGGGUAUUAUUAAUGCUUCUUUCGAAAUGAUAUUAUCGGGACUUAGGCUUAUUAGCUGAAAUGAAUAAUAUAUUGUCUUAGCCUUUUAAUAAUAUAUCAUGGAUGUUUUUAAAAGAAUUGGUGGCAUGGAUAAAGAAAUGAAUUGUAUAAAUUUAUCAGAUUAUGGAGCUUGAUAUUUCUAUGAAAUGAUAUUAGCUUCAAUCAACCAUCAAAUCAUAGAAAAUGAGAGUGAGUAAUUUAAUUAUGUUAGUAAAAACAAGAAAGGAAACAACAUUUUGAAAAGUUUUGACUUUUGACUAUUUAUAUGUGAAAUCUUCACCAUUUGCUAAAUUUGCUAUUUAUUACCUAGUAGAUAGUCAGUAUCUAUUAGCUAAUUGAUAGGGUGUAGCAUAACCAAUGGUAGUAUAUGCAAUA